AUGGUUGCCUUUUCCAAAAUCGCGAUCGCCUCCGGGUUCGCCCAUGGCGCCCACGCAUGGGGCGUACUAGGUCAUGCGACAGUGGCAUACGUCGCCCAGCACUAUCUAUCAGAAAGCACAGCAUCAUGGGCCAAAGAGGUCCUAGAUGAUUCCUCCAGUUCAUACCUCGCCAACAUCGCCUCAUGGGCCGACGAGUACCGCCUCACCAGCGCAGGCAAAUGGUCCGCACCUCUCCACUACAUCGACGCCGAAGACAACCCACCAACAACCUGCAACGUAGACUACGCCCGCGACUGCGGCGACUCAGGAUGCUCCGUAUCCGCAAUCGCAAAUUACACACAACGCGUAGGCGACGCCCGACUCACAGCCAACAACACAGCCGAAGCGCUGAAAUUCCUCGUUCAUUUCCUAGGCGAUAUCACGCAACCCCUGCAUGACGAGGCGUACGAAGUUGGCGGAAAUGGAAUCGACGUUACUUUCAACGGGUACAGUGACAACCUGCACUCGGAUUGGGAUACGUAUAUGCCCGAGAUGCUGGUUGGCGGUGACUCGCUAGCGGAUGCGCAGUCGUGGGCUGAUUUGUUGGUUGAAGAGAUUGAAGAUGGUGACUAUAAGGCUGAAGCUGCGAGUUGGAUUAAAGGUGAUACGAUCGGUGAUGCGGUUUCGUCGGCUACGCGGUGGGCGGCGGAUGGGAAUGCGCUGGUGUGUACUGUUGUUAUGCCUGGGGGAGCGUCGGCGCUUCAGACGGGGGAUCUGUAUCCGACGUAUUACAAUUCGGCGAUUGGGACUAUUGAGUUGCAGAUUGCGAAGGGGGGUUAUCGGUUGGCGAAUUGGCUUAAUUUGAUUUACAGUACUAGGAUUGCGAAGAGGGAUCUUGAACGGUUUGUGGAGGUGAGUCGGAAUGAGGCACCUGAGUUGGAGCUUCGUGGGCGCAAUUUCCUUCCUGAGUCUCGUCCGCUGAGUCGGGCGAAAAUGGCUAGAGAGGCGAUGGAGGGUUCUUGCUGUAGUUCGGAGAAGCGAGGACAUGUGCACUGA